AUGGGCGUGGUUGCCCCACCAGAGAUUGCACCGGGCGCAUCUCGUCUUCCCAUUGCGGCGUGGUUCCUUUGUUUGAGCUUGCUGCAGGUCACCACGGCGCACAGCGACAAGCGCAUCUUGCGUUGCUACGACUCUUCAACACCGCAGCGUACCAUUGCGCACAGCCCCUACCUGCCCGCACGCGCGCUUCGCGACACCGUCACUCUCCUCCCGCUUUCUUUCUGUUCCGUGUGGCCGUGGACAAGGCGCCGUCUUGUUGGUGGUGCCUCUCGCGGCCUGGACACAGCCGUCACGAUGGAAGACAACCCCAUGGUCACAGAGGACGAUGUCCCGAUGGAAGAACCGCAAAUCGUCAUCAACGGUACAGAGACUUCAAUAAAGGCUGAAGACGACACGGCGUCCGAGGUGGGCAGCUCCUACGACGAAAGCGACAUUGACGUCGAAGAUGCGGCGCUCGAAAACAUGAAGCGCCGUGGCCUGUUACCGACAGGAUGCUGCUACGACGACCGAAUGAAGCUACAUAUGAACGCAGACUUUAGCCCAAACGCACACCACCCCGAAGAUCCCCGUCGAAUCCAUGAGAUUUUCAAGGCGUUCAAGAAGAUGGGGCUUGUGUACACAGGGCCCGAAUCAGAGCUCGUCAAGAUCCUCAAGGACUGCCCGAAUAGAUACAUGUGGCGGAUCCCCGCGCGAGAAGCGACACGAGAGGAGAUUUGCCUUGCGCAUACAUCAGACCAUAUGACUUGGGUGGAAAGCCUCGAUGCCAUGAGCACAGAGGAGCUCCGGGAGUUGACUAAGAGAUACGACCAGGGCCGCGAGUCGCUGUACGUCGGAAGCAUGUCGCAUGUCGCGGCGCUUCUGUCGGCAGGAGGCGCGAUAGAUACGUGCAAGAAUGUCGUCACGGGCCAGGUGAAGAAUGCGUUUGCGAUUAUCCGUCCGCCGGGUCAUCAUGCGGAACACAACCAAGCCAUGGGCUUCUGCUUCUUUAACAAUGUCCCUGUCGCAGUUCGUGUUUGCCAGCAGGAUUUCCCUGACGUGUGCCGAAAGGUGCUGAUUCUCGACUGGGAUGUACACCAUGGCAACGGUAUCCAGAACAUUUUCUAUGAUGACCCGAAUGUCUUGUACGUCUCUAUUCACGUGUACCAGAAUGGCAACUUCUAUCCCGGCAAGCCAGACGACGAGAAUAUACCAGAUGGUGGGCCCGAGAAUUGUGGUGUUGGGCCGGGUCUGGGCAAGAACAUCAACAUUGGAUGGCAUGACCAGGGCAUGGGCGACGGCGAGUACAUGGCAGCCUUUGAGAAGAUUGUCAUGCCCAUUGCCAAGGAGUUCAACCCCGACUUUGUCGUAAUUUCUGCUGGCUUUGAUGCCGCGGAUGGCGAUGAGCUAGGCGGCUGCUUCGUAACGCCGCCGUGCUAUGCGCACAUGACACACAUGCUCAUGUCGUUGGCGGACGGUAAAGUGGCUGUCUGUUUAGAAGGGGGAUACAAUCUAAAGGCCAUUUCGAAUUCGGCUGUGGCUGUGGCACGCACACUGAUGGGCGAGCCUCCACCACGUAUGGACUUGCCCAAGAUCAACAGAGAGGCUGCUAGGAUACUGGGUAAUGUUCAAGCAUACCAAGCGCCGUACUGGGAGUGCAUGCGGCCGGGCGUGGUCAAUGUUCCCGAGGUACAGUCUUUGCAGGCAAGACGUUUACACGAUGUUGUGCGUAAUUCGCAGCUACAGCUGCUCCAGGAACGCAACGACAUGCUUCCUCUGUAUAUCCAGCGAGAUAGGAUCUCGCGGUCCUUUGAGAACCAAGUGCUGAUUACACCCAACUUUUCAUCGCAGCGUAAGCUGCUGCUUAUUAUCCACGACCCUCCCCAACUCCUUGCACAGCCUGAUGUGAUUGACGGCACGCUAGACAGCCACAAUAGCUGGGUAGUCGACGGCGUCUCGCAGUAUGUCGAUUGGGCAGCCAAGAACGACUUUGGCGUCAUGGACGUCAACAUCCCCGCAUACAUCACUCAGGAUGCUGACAUGGAGGCCCAUAUCCCGGGCUUCAAGGAACGCGCGCUCCAGGAGCAGAUGCAGUCGCUCAUUUGCUACCUGUGGGACAACUAUCUACAGCUCUGCGAUGCGGACCACAUCUUUGUGAUGGGUGUUGGCAAAGCCUACCUUGGUGUCAAGGUGCUACUUAUCAACAGAGACUGCAAGUCCAGAAUAAGCGGCGUUGUCAACUUUGUCAACGGCAACCUGCGGCCCGUCAAGUCGGAUAUUGACACGGACCUGUCGGCUUGGUACAAGGAACACUCGCGGGUGUAUGUUGCAUCAAACCACGCCUGCUGGUCCGACUACGAUCUGGCGCGCAAGGUGCAGAAGCGCCGCUUUGGUACCGUGGUGAGGAGUCCUGCGACUGGUCUCUCGCAGAUGAUGGAGGAGCAUGCGCUGGAGGCGCAGGAAUGGAUUAUGGAGCGUGUGACGGAGAGCGAACACGGCGAUUCGACGGAGGAGGUUGAAGUGGAAGAGGAAUGA